UUCGUUUAUCGUAUCAUAAUUGUUAUUAAGAUUCAUGUUACUUCUGAGUUCCGUACAUGAGAAGCUUACCCUAUGAUCUAUUAGGUAAAAGAUAUCUUAAUUUUACUGCACGAAUAUGGAUAGUAAAAAUGCGGAAAAUGUACAGAAAUCAAGUAAUGGAGAGCAAUCAGACCGUACAUCGGAAAGCGAAGAAUCUUAUUACAACCCAUACAGAGGGGGAGUAAUUCUAGAGACUUUCGUGUUUUUAUCAGCAGAAAAUGUUGUCUGGAAGCUGGUAAUCUGUGCAAGCUGCAUUAUAAUACAUAUCGUACAGCUAUAUGAUAUGUUUUUCUGGAACUAUCUUAAAUUAGAAAUAAGUUGGAAAGCCAUAAGAUGGCUGUGCGAUUUCGUAUAUUUAGUCGAUGUUGCAUCCGCCAUAUUACAUAGAAAGUUAAAGAAUAUAAGCAUGAGAAGCGACCAGAAACCCAGGAAAAUUGGCUGUUUUGUGUUGGAUUUUGUGAGUCUGAUACCGAUUGACUUUAUAUGUGGUAUAUCAGAGAGAGCGUAUACUGAUGAUUUAUACAAAGUCACUUUUCUUCAAAGAAGCCUACGUAUCUACAGGAUUGUCAUUUAUUUACAUGAUGCUGUCAUUCACCAUCUUGUAAAGUCACCAGAUGAUCAAAACCAGCUGCAAAAAGAUUUAGACAAAGAUCUGUAUGGUGCAGAAAGUGACAGUUAACUCUAAACAAUGGAAAAUGUGAUGAUAUCCACAUGAUUAUGAAAAGAAAUCCAAUAAAUUUUGGUUACACGAUAAAUCACCACAAAUCUAAAGGCUGCAAAUUCGACUAAAUACUUAGAGGUUACAGUUAUGAAUAACUUAAAUUGGAACAAAGACACAGAUAAUGUGGGUAAAGCAAACCACAGACUGUGAUUUAUCAGUAGAACACUUCAAAAAUACAACAUACAGACUAAACAGACUGUGUACACGUUGGUGUGUGAUGUGGGAUUCGCAUCAGUUGGGACUGAUGGAGGACACUGAAAAAGUUCAAAGAAGGAAAGCUCAUUUUGUAUUAUCACAAAAUAGGAGAGAGAAUGCAAUGAACAUGAUGCAUGAAUCGAGGUGGCAUUUAUUAAAACAAAGGUGUUUUUCAUUGUGGUAGAAUCUUCUCGUGACAUUUCAAUCAUCAACUUUCUCCUCCGAAUGUGAAAAUACUCUGUUGGCUCUGAUCUACAUAGCAAGAAAUGAUCAUUGUGAUAACAUAAAAGAAAUCAGAGCUUGCGCAGAAAGAUUUUAAGUGCUUGUUUUUCCUGCCUGCUGUUACAGAGUGUUACAGAGUGGAACUGUAGAGAAAUAACAUGAAGAUUGUUCGAUGAACCUUCUACCACACACUUAAUUGUGAAUUGCAUAGUAUUCAUAGAUGUAAAUGUCUCCCAUUGACCUGUGCCCUAAGAUUAUUGGUAUUUAAUUCUAUCUGUUGUAAUCUGGUUAUUCAACCUUGAAUCUAAUUGGGUAAAACUGUUAUUCAUCUGAUUUGUCAUUGUCUCUGUAACCCGAUGGCAAUUUGAUUCCAUCUGUCAAAAUCAUGAUUUGUCUGUGAAAAUUUUCCUUUGAUAUGUUGCAUGAAUGCAAUUGCCUCGGCUGUUUGGUGAGCUCCUGUGAGGCCCAUUGUUGUAAACUCACAUACUAUAUAUUUAAUAUAUUGAUAUAAAUUUAUUGCUAUACUUUUGAAUUAAACAGGUAUAUCCUUGACUUUAAAACAAUUUUGGAGAUUGGAGAUUGUCUAUUAGUCACUGAUUUCCAGUUAUGCACUGAUUCCUUUUAGCACAACAUAUUUAUCACUAUACAAACAAAGAAACAUAUUUCAAUUUUGACGCACCAAGUAUUUAUAAUUGGAAAGGUAGAUGCUGAUGUACACCCGCAAACAAAGCAUCACACUGCUGUGAGGUGUUGACAUAGAUGGUUGGGUUGUGUGCCCACUACUGCUACGAUGUGGCCAUGAUGCUGUGUGCUGAAGCAGACAACUAAUGUACAUGUAUUCAGCAUCUCUUUGUAGGCUUUAAUUUUGCAUGCUGAAAAUGUACUGAAGUAUUUAGCAAUCUGUAGAAACAAAUGUCACAACUAUUUGGCAUGCUGAAAAUGUACUGAAGUAUUGCUUAAUUCAUAUUUAGCAAUCUGUAGAAACAAAUGUCACAACUUGUGAUAUUAUCAGUGAAUAAAUGCAUUGCUGGUUGUUUAUGU